UGCCAGCUGCCGUGAUUUUGCCGAUAGCCAAAACAAUUAAAGUCAAAAAAAUGUAAUUUUGGGCAAACACCUGUACACUAAUUUAUGAUUUACGUAAAGUUUAGUUCAACGGCAAACUAAACGAAAUGAAAUUGGUAUUACUGCUGCAGCUCCGCUCUUCCAGAAGUUUCUCUUGUGCCCAGUAUUUCGUAUGGUAGCCCAAAAAUUACUGUCAAUUAUCACCUGUACCUAAUUGAUCCAUCAGCCCACGAAAUAUUCUACGAGUAUUUGUGGUUAUCUUCUGUUUGUUAGCUUUUGCGUAUAAAACACGGCUAAAUCGCAGAGCAUUUUUCAGUUGUUUGUCGCGCUUCGACUCCAGCAGAGCAGCCGAGUAUUUUUGCUUACCACGUAGAGAUCCCUUCAGAAAGUGAGAUAGCGUAAGAUGGAUUUAUACUAUAGACCCGGAUCUGCUCCAUGCCGUUCUGUACUGAUGACAGCCAAGGCACUGGGUGUGGAGUUCGAUAAGAAGACCAUUAUCAACACACGAGCUGGGGAGCAAUUCACGCCGGAAUACCUGAAGAUCAAUCCGCAGCACACGAUCCCCACGCUGCACGACCAUGGAUUUGCUCUGUGGGAGUCGCGGGCUAUUAUGGUCUAUCUGGUGGAGAAGUACGGCAAGGACGACAAGCUCUUCCCCAAGGAUGUGCAAAAGCAGGCUUUGAUCAAUCAGCGCCUGUACUUCGACAUGGGUACGCUGUACAAGAGCUUCUCCGAGUACUAUUAUCCGCAGAUUUUCCUAAAGAAGCCCGCCAAUGAGGAGAGCUACAAGAAGAUCGAGGUGGCCUUCGAGUUCCUAAACACUUUCCUGGAGGGGCAGACCUACAGCGCCGGAGAGGAUUAUAGCUUGGCGGAUAUUGCCUUCCUGGCCAGCGUUUCCACUUUCGAUGUGGCUGGCUUCGAUUUCAAGCGGUAUGCCAAUGUGGCACGUUGGUACGAGCAUGCCAAGAAACUGACUCCCGGUUGGGAGGACAACUGGGCUGGUUGCCAGGAGUUCCGCAAAUACUUCGAUAACUGAAUAUAUAAACCCGAAAUACUGAUAAAGCACGUACUAAUGUGGCUAUUAAGGAAAAACUAUUUAUUUAAAGAUUAAGACUG